AUGCAUCGGGCAGCGGCCGCGCGAUGGCUCAACCGGGCCUUGCGCAUUGGCGAGACGGGGCCGUCGACACGAUUGCCCGUCUACCUGUGCCCUGCGCUCCGCUCCCCCGACAGCGGCGCCCUGUCACGCGAGCGGAGUGCGACUCCGUAUAAGUCGCCCGCAUCGCAAUGCCGCAUGAACCACACCGAAGCGGCCGCAAGCGACCAUUUCAGCGCGACACCGCCGACAGAGCCACCGAAACUACCGGGUCGAAGACUGCCGGUGACGUGCAGCGGCUGUGGAUCGUUCACCCAGACGGGCGAUCCGCAGCAGUUUGGCUACUACGACCCGGACAGCAAGAGGGUGCGGAGCUGGCUGAAGCCGAGUGUGUCGGACAGAAGGGCAGAGGAGGCCAAGGAGGACGAGAUUGUGGACGAGGUACUCAAGUCCAUGGACAGCAAGUUGCUCGAGGAGCUUGGACUAAACACCACUGCUAUGGUCUCUGGAGAGGCGGCGCAGGAGGUUGCUGCAGCCGCUCUCACGUCUGCGCAGCCCCCGGUGUGCGACAGAUGCCAUAAUCUCAUUCACCACAGUACGGCCGGCGACACGGCCAAGCUCACCAUGUACCACCCCACGGUCGAGUCCCUGCGCGAAACGAUCGAGGAGUCGCCGCACAAGUACAAUCACAUAUAUCACGUCAUCGACGCCGCCGAUUUCCCCAUGUCCCUGAUACCGAGGCUUAACGUGCUGCUGGGAGACAUUCCGCUGAGGUCGCGCAACCGCCGCUCCAGGUCGUCCAAGUACCAGAAGGACCGCAAGACGGAGAUGAGCUUCAUCGUGACGAGAGGCGACUUGCUCGCGCCCACCAAGGAGAUGGUGGACGGGUUGAUGCCGUACCUGAGAGAAGUGCUGCGAGAUGCGCUGGGGCGGCUUGGCGGCAGGGUGCGGCUCGGCAACCUCAAGUGCGUGAGCGCGAAGAGGGGCUGGUGGACCAAGACGGUCAAAGAAGACAUCUGGAAGCGAGGUGGUGCUGGAUGGAUGGUAGGAAAGGUCAACGUCGGCAAGAGUCAGCUGUUCGAGGCCGUCUACCCCAAGGGUCGGAUGACGGAGGCUCAGCAAGGCAACUCUGCGGGCGUCGCGACACGCACGAGAGACAUCUCAAGUGGUGGGCCGCUGGCUGGCGAGGUUACUCAACCAGAUGAGGCGUGGGAGGACCUGGACGUUGGCGAGCUACUCCCACCCGCGCAGCCGGCGCAAAACUACCCGGUAAUGCCGGUAGUGUCCUCCUUACCGGGAACUACGGCGUCACCUAUCCGUGUUCCCUUUGGCAACGGCAAGGGCGAGCUUAUUGACCUCCCCGGCUUGGCACGGAGUGAUCUCGAGCUCUUUGUCAAGGAGGAGCAAAGGCAAUCGCUCAUCAUGAAGAAGCGGAUCGUGCCCGAGCAGAUCUCGGUCAAGCCAGGAAAGUCGCUGGUCCUGGGAGGGGGCCUCAUACGCAUCACGCCAAGCACGCCCGACAUGAUCUUUCUCAUGUACAACUUUACGCCAUUGGAAGAGCAUCUGACGAGUACGGAGAAGGCUGUCGAGUUCCAAAACCAGACGAGGCAGUCCGCGGGCGUCGAGAAUAUCACCUUGCCAGAGGCCGCCGAGAAGAGCAAACACGCCGGCCAGUUUCGGCUGUGCCACGACGUGACCAAGAAGCGGGCGGGCCCCCUGACUCGCAAGAAUGCGGUUGGCCUGCAGGUCGACCGGCUGCCUUUCCGCGUGCUCUCGACUGAUAUCCUGAUCGAGGGCGUUGGAUACGUCGAGAUUGUGGCGCAGGUCCGGGCUCGCGACUUUGAGCGGUGGUCCGCCAUGCAGGAUGCGGUCGACAGGCACGCGCAAGAGGGCGAAGAAACACGAGUGGAAUCAGAAGACGGUGCUCCGGCGGCGUCAGAUGACCCGUUUGCAGAGAUGAUGAACAAGAGGCGGGACACUCUGGGCGCAGAGCCGGUCCGCGCAACAGCCCGUCCUCGGCCGCUUGAGCCGGACUGGCCGUCGGUGGACGUGUACACGCCCGAGGGGCGAUUCGUCGGCUCACGUCGGCCGAUCAAUGGAUGGUUGAACAACAAGCCGCGCGUGCUGCCGGAGCACAAGAAGAGCCGGCCGAGGCGUAGCAUGAAGGGCCAGAAGAAGAAGGAGAAGCAGGAGAGGCGAGGGGCAGCCGCGGCGCACGCGACAGAGUGA